GGGCGGGAACAUAGAAAGGUCACGGAAGAGGUGCAUGCUGGGAAAACACGUGUAGUGGAAGACCAGAGAGGUGACACGUUCAGUUUGCCACCAUGUCGUCCAAUAAGAAGGGCGGCGAUGAGCGUUUCCUCCGGGUUCAGAAGGACCCCAGGUUUUGGGAGAUGCCCGAGAGAGAACGCAAGAUCAAGAUCGACAAGCGCUUCCAGUCCAUGUUUCACGACAAGCGCUUCACGGAGAAAUACACGGUGGACAAGAGAGGCCGACCCAUCAACCAAACCUCCACCGAGGACCUGAAGCGCUUCUACAACGUCUCCAGCUCAGAGGACGAAGACGACGAUGAGGAGGGUGUGAAGAGCAAGAAGGUGGCAGAGCGCAAGAAGAAGAAAGAAGUGAAGGAGAAGCUGGUGAAGGUGGAGAAAGAAGUGAAGAAAGGAAAAGCAGUGAAGAGCAAAGACGUUAAAGCUAAAGGACCGCCGCCUGAACGAGGGGUCAGAGUCAUAGAACAGGACGUUGAAGAGCAAGAUGAGGAGCCGGAAACUGCAAAGAAGGGAGACGUUGAUCUGGGAGACAGCUUCACAGACGGAAGUGAGGAGGAUGACGAUGAUGAUGAUGAUGAUGAUGAUGAAGAGGGGAGUGAUGUUGCGAGCGGAUCCGAUGAGGAGGAGUCCGGUUUGGAUUCAGACAGCGACAGCGAGCCGGAUCUGGCCCGAGGAAAAGGAAACGUAGAGACCAGCUCUGAUGAAGAUGAUGAAGAGUAUGUGAACGCCAUCCUGAAGAAAGAGGAAGAGGAGAUCGAACACGACUGGGGCGAGCUCGCUAAAGACGCUCUGAGGAACGACGAGGUUUCUGCGCGGCUGGGCGUCUGCAACAUGGACUGGGAUCGGAUGAAAGCCAAAGACCUGCUGGCUCUGUUCAACUCCUUCCUCCCUAAAGGAGGCGCCGUGCUCUCUGUCAAGAUCUUCCCGUCAGAGUUCGGGAAGCAGCGUCUGAAGGGCGAGGAGACGCAGGGACCGAUGGAGCUCAAAGCUCUUCCCGACGACUCGGAGGACGACAACGAGGAGGAGAGAGGUUACAGAGAGAAGAUGCGUGAUUACCAGUUCAAGCGGCUGAAGUAUUUCUACGCUGUUGUUCAGUGUGAUACUACGGACACCGCUGCAAAGAUCUACGAGGAGUGCGACGGCUACGAGUACGAGAGCAGCUGCUCAGUGCUGGACCUACGGUUUAUUCCUGAGGGAGUAACGUUUGACGAUGAGCCCAAAGACGUGGCGACGGAUGUGAACCUCGCAGUGUACACUCCCAAAGUCUUCACCUCCUCCGCCAACGCUACGUCAAAGGUGCAGCUGACGUGGGACGAGACGGACAACGAGCGAGUGACGGCUCUGGAGAGAAACUUCAACAAAGACGAGCUGCUGGCCAUGGACUUUAAAGCUUACCUGGCCUCCUCCAGUGAGGAAGAGGAGGAGGAAGGAGGGUUUGUGUUUGGAGAGCCGGAGAGUGAAGACGAUGACUCGGCAGCAGAAGAGGUUGUAGCUCAGAAGAAACCGGAGAAGGUGGUAGAGAAGAAAGAGAAGAAGAAGAAUAAAAGCGAGGAGCAGAUCUCGAAGUACAGAGAGCUGCUGAAAGGCAUCCAGGAGAAGGAGAGGAAGCUUCACGAGGAGAAGGACAUGGGGAUGGAGAUCACCUGGGUGCCAGGGCUGAAGGAGUCGACGGAGCAGCUGGUGAAGAAGAAACUGGAGGGGAAGGAAACCCUGACGCCGUGGGAGGGCUUCCUGGAGAAGAAGAAGGAGAAGAAGAAGCAGAAGAAAACUAAGAAGAAGGAGGGCGAGGAGGAUGAAGAGGCUCUCAGUGACGACGAGCUUCCUCCAGACGUCGAUCUCAACGACCCGUUCUUCGCCGAGGAGCUCAACGCUGCAGACAAGCAGAAGACACAGAAGACACAGAAGGGGAGGAAUAGGAAGAAGAAGAAGGAGGAGGAGCGCACACCAGAGGAGGAAGAGGAGCUGCAGAAACAAAAGGCGGAGAUGGCCCUGCUGAUGGAGGACGACGAUGACGAGUCGAAACACAAACACUUCAACUACGACAAGAUCGUGGAGGAGCAGAACCUGAGCAAGCAGAAGAAGAAGAAGCUGCUGAAGAAGAAGGGCGAGGAGAAGCUGGAGGGAGACGAGUUCCAGGUGGACGUUAAAGACCCUCGUUUCCAGGCCAUGUUCACGUCCCACCUGUUCAACCUGGACCCCUCCAACCCCAGCUACAAGAAGACCAAAGCCACGCAGAGCAUCCAGGUGGAGAAACAGAGGAGGCGAGAGGAGGAGCAGCGGCGCACCGAGGAGGAACUCAGCGCUCAGAGCCUCCCCAAAACACAGGGGGAGAAACGGGAGAAUGACUCUGAGGGCGCUGAGACCACCUCGAAGAAAGCAAUAGACCCCAGUCUGUCUCUGCUCAUCAAGUCCAUCAAAAGCAAAACGGAGCAGUUUCAGGCCCGGAAGAAACAGAAGCUCAUGUAGGACUGAGACUCUUCCUAACAUCACAGAGAAAUGUCGACUGAGAAAGUGGACAGCUGUGUUUAUUCCUUUUGUGUGUUUGUACAGGAAAACUAGUAUGAGAUGAGGAACUGUGCAAACUUUUAGUAAAAACGUAAUCCUGCUAUAUCA